AUGACUGAUAAUCCAAUUUUAUUUCACCGUAAAGAUUAUAGAGGUGCAACGAUUGAAGAUUUAAAUUUACCACCCGCAAUCUCAAUAAAUCCAUCAUCAUCAAUAUAUGAAGCUUUUAAAAUUGGUUUCGAAUAUGAAUUUAGUUAUUUACCUGUUAUAAAUGAAAUAAAUAAGAAAUUAUUAGGAGUAAUUAAUAUAGACUCAUUAAAACAUUCAAAAAUAGAGCAUGCGAAACAUGAAAAUGUAUUGGUUAAAGAUUAUAUGAUAUGGUUUAAUCAAAAAUCAAAAAUCAAUUAUGAAAAAAAUUUUAAUAAACAGAUUCAAAAAACUUUGCCAAAUACAAAGAUUGUAAAACCUACAAAUGGUAAACGAUAUCAAUUAUUAACUCCAUAUACUCCAUUGGAAACUCUCGCUAAUUUUUUUAAUUCUGGUGAAUAUUUUGCUGUUAUUACUGGUGAUGAUGGGAAUUUUGUAUAUGGUGUAGUUACACCUGAAGAUUUGAUAAAAUAUGAGAAAUCAAGACCAUUUAAAUUAUAA